CUCGCUCUCUUCGCUAAGACUGCGAACUGACCGUAUUUAAGCCCAGCCUGCUCCCUCCUCUCUCUGCAUCUCCCCAGACCAACCUGCCCUUCAUCGCUUUCUCGCUCCUAGACCACUAUCCUUGCGACCCGUUGACUCCAGAGACCUAGAUUCUCUCCUCCCGCCUUUAUCCAUAUACCCUUUUUCUAGAGAGGUUCUCAGAAAAGGCAGAGUUUAUGUCCAUCGAAAACCUCAAGACCUUCGACCCCUUCGCCGAAGCCGACGAAGACACCGGUGAGACUAAACAGUCUCAAAAUUACAUUCAUAUACGGAUUCAACAGCGCAAUGGUCGUAAGACAUUGACCACCGUGCAGGGUCUUCCAAAGAAGUUUGAUCAGAAGAAAAUUCUCAAGGUCAUCAAGAAGAAGUUCGCUUGCAAUGGCACCAUCGUCAACGACACUGAGAUGGGGGAGGUGAUUCAGUUGCAGGGAGAUCAGCGUAAAGAUGUUCAGGAAUUCUUAGUCGACAAGAAAGAGGGCUUGGAACUCGAUGCCAAGAGCAUCAAGGUCCACGGGUUCUAAACUCCAAACGCCGUGUCGUUCCGGUCCUUCUUGGCAGGUCGUCUUACAAGGUCUUGCCUUUGUUGCGAGUUGCGAGUUAUAUCCUUGACUGCUAGCCUGCUGUCGCCAAAUUGAUCAUAAGGCAGAUUAUCUCAACCGAUGAAAAGUUCGCUUGUCACGAGACAGAUUACUGCAUUUAAUCAACGAUCGCUAGGUUCAGUAUUGACUUUCGCUUUCGACGAGUUCUUUAUUAAGGAUCGAAGGAUUGGGACACCGGCGUUGUUAGAUACCCAUUAGACAACUUCUUUUCUGUUUUUUGUUCUGGCUUGCUUGCUUCUACUCAGGGUAUUGUCUCUUAAGACUGAUGCGUAUCCCGAUGGAGCUCAAACGUUCCUUGUGUAUCGCAGUCUCGGCUGCUCAUACCGGUCAUUCAGAAUUUCAUUCAGAAUUAUACUUGAAAC